AUGUGGGCUGGAAGUUUGAGCUCCGCUGUGACAACUUCAAAUGGAGAGAUAUCUACCUCCGAAACCACGGGUGUGCUCCGUGACGAUGAACAACAAAUGUUGACUCAUAUAGGAUCUGCAACCUCCAACUCCGUACUUUGUAGGGUAGUAAUCCGUCUCGGCCAAAAUAAGGUUCGGCUGAGGAAAGCAGUAACGGCGUCACAUUGUUUCAUGGAGGUUCAGUCAACACACUGUACAGACAGUCCAAUUGAUUUCCACGUCAGCAAGGCUCGUGGAGGAUCUGCAGAUGGGAACGGGAUCGUUCCAAAUAUCCUCUGUGGCUACGGCAAAAGCACAUCGGUCAUCCCGCUGCUGCAUUUUGCGGCUGCUGGAUGA